AAUGCUGCAUGAGCCAGUCCAUGGCGUGCAAUCAGCUGAUGUAUUUUGGUUGUCCUUGACCCUGACUAAGAUCGGUUAGCUGCUCGACAUUCAGGGACCCGACUGCCGGAUGAUCUGGCGAGAGUUCAGUGACAUUUCACUGGCCCAACAAACUAUUUUGAGCGUACCAUUACGUUAGCUAUUGAAGCCUGCCCGUAUUAUUUAAAUCAAAUUUUUUUAGGUAUAUGUUUACCUAAAAAAUGAUAUUUUCCAUAACUUUUUUUGUAUUUAUUUGAUCUGUCGCAUUUUGGUAAACGGAGUAUCUGAAGUGUAAAACAGACCAAUGCAACGUAAGGCGCUAAAAUACAGUUAUAUAUUUUUGUCAGUGAAUGUUGAUUUCUGUUCAACAGAUGAUGAAAAAGUUCAGUGAAAAUUCAGUUGGAAACGAAGUAUGGCAUAUCCAGGUUUCUGGUCAUUUCUGUUUUCUUUGUUAGACACAGUGUCGAUUCAAAAUACUAGAUUUACUGUACAACAUGAUCCUUCCACUACUACAAUUUCUUCGGAAAUCACUAAUAUUAGUCAAAAACCGCGUAACAGAUAUGAGAUUCUCCUCUUAACUGAAUGUGUCGCCAUACAGUCCAUUAUAAAUAUCACGGUGGAAGAUGAGGAAAAUAACAUAAGUUCAACUAUGUAUCUCAAUAGAACCUUGCAAAAUAAGAUCAUUGUGAAUGGCACAUGUGAACAAAAAAGACAGGAUUUGACAGUUUCAUGGUCGCCAAAUGUCGAUUUCUUAGACUGGAAACUUAUAUUUGUGUUUGGAGAGGAUUCUGAAAGAUAUGAUCUGGAAAGCAUAGGUAUUACUUAUACAGUUGAUAAAGGCAAUGAAAUUGAUGCUAAUACAGAUAGAGGUUUGUUCACGAUUCCUGUCGGUGGAUACUAUGAAUGUGCCAAUCAUUUACAUAGAGAACUAUUCGUGGACGAUAAUGAUAAUAUAAAAAUCAAUAUUUAUUUCUUAAACUCAUCAAUGGAAGCAUUCAGACUUGAAAAUCGUUCAGAAUUUAUGGGUCUUGCCAUAGACUGUCCAUUGAGUAUCAUAUGGUUAAAGAAGGUUCCAACAAUUGUAUGUACCACCCUACUUCUGAUAGGUCUUGCUAUUCUUUUAAUAUAUUUGUGCAGUCGUCUUAGCAAACGAUCAGCAUAUGAGACAAUUAGAUAAUUAUAUAUAUCUUAUAAUAUAUUUCAAUGAAAUGCUUUUACACAAAUCAUGAAUGGUUCUAGUUUGAGAUUUGUUUAUUAUUUUCUGUAUCUCGUUCUUGAUAUUUUUGUAUAAUCAAGUGUAAUUAAUUAUCAUCUUUUCCUUACAUUUAUUAAACAGAUUAUUUCUUUAUUACUUUAUGAAAAAAUAGCAUAUAUAUUGUAAUAAUGUACCUAUACACCGAUGAUAAAAAAUUUGGGAACUUAUCUAUUUUUUUGUUUUUUUUAUGAUAAUACCUAUUGUUCGUAAUGGAAAAUCUUACUUGUAAUGACAUUUAGAAAAAAAUUAUUACAAAUGAUGCCAAUAUUAUUAUUGGUACUAAUUUUGUUUUCUUUCGUUAUUUUUCCCAUUAGAUAGUUUAUUGUAAGCUAUUACUCAAUUUUCUAAACAUUCUUUUUCCUUACUGUUACUUCUAUAACAUACAAAUAUAUAACCAUUUAUUUA